AUGUGUUCCGCCUGCGACGCCUAUGAUCGCCUCGGGGAUUGUAAAGAAGCUGUGACACACUACAACCAUUCUUUAAUUAUUUCCAAAGAAAUGUGUGAUCGGGCUACAGAAGGAAAGGUGUUCAGAAAACUUGAAGUCACUUAUCUUCUCCUCAGUGAUUCUAGACGAGCCAUAACAUACCACAACCAAUCUCUAAUCAUUACCAAAGAAAUGGGAGAUCGGGCUUCAGAAGGAGAGGUGUACUGCAUGCUUGGCACAGUUCGUAGGGACCUGAAUUUAAUUAAAGAGGCCGUAACAUACUUUAACCAAUCUCUGAUGUUUGCUAAAGAAAUGGGUGAUCGAGCUACAGAAGGAGAGGUUUACGACAUGCUUGGCAGGGCUCAUUGGGACCUCGGUGAUGGUAAAGAAGCCGUAAAGUACGAGAAGCAUUUUCUAAUUAUCGUCAGAGAAGUUAACAACAAGGCUGACGAAGGAAUAGCAAACAUCAACCUUGGCACAUGUUAUGAACGUCACGGCGAUUUUAAACAAGCAGUGGAGUAUUACUUAGAGGGUCUAAAAAUUGCUCGAGAAAUAGGAGACUGCAAUUUAGAAGGGAUUUGCUGUCGUGAUCUUGGAGAGGCUUAUACGACUCUAGGACAAUUUGAGCUUGGUGAAGAGUAUUACCAGCAAUUUCGAGUUCUUUCCAUUGCUAAAAAGGUUGGAAAUAGAGAAGAAGAAGGCCGUUCUUAUAGCUGUCUGGGACGUUUUUAUUUAAAUACUGGUAAGUUUAGCACAGCGAAAGAUCAUUUCGAUACGGAACACGUCAUUUCUAAGACAGUUAACAACAGACAUAACGAGGGACUUUCUUGUUGCCAUCUCGGGCAGGUUCACUUAAAGCGUGGUGAUUUUACGGAAGCCCUGGAAUACUUCCGCCAACAUUUCAGCAUUGCCAAGGAAGAGGGAGACAGAAACGGGGAAGCGUGCUCUUACGGCGGUUUGAGUGAAGCGCUUGGUUAG